AUGGAGCCAGACACCACGCCGGCCACGCCCACUCCAAAAACCAAAACCAAAAGCAAACUCAGAGCCAAAACCAGAGCCAAAAUCAAAGCCAGACUCCAGUCCGAACCAAAGAAGAAGGAGAAGGCAACACUACUGUCCCUCCCGGCCGAGCUCAUUCUCAAAAUCGCCGACCACUUCCUGGACGACUACCUCUCCUGGAGAAACGGUUAUCCCAGCACCUACCGCGGCAACCUCCGGCAACUCGACCUCUUCCGAUCAUGCACCGCUCACGAAGUGCAGUAUAUCAGUCUAGCGCGCACGCAUCGGAUCUUUUGGGAUCUGCUCAAGGGCCGCAAGAUCGCGGAUGCUGUGCUGAAGGAGGCGAAGGCGAAAGCGAAGGCGAGGACUCGAUUCUGGUCACAGAAGGCCACAGGUGCACCGGAUGAACUUCGCCAUAUCUUUUCUGCCGUGCUCGAAAUAGCGAUCUCCAUACAAGCGAAUCAAUCAGCUCCGUCUUCGGUAGAAGCAAGCUAUGCCUAA